CCAACUCCCCCCCCCCCAAGCGCGGCCGAGUGUUUGCGGCCAGGCGAGUCCGGGCGGGAGGGGCAGGUGCGAGCCGAAGAUGGCGUUCCCCGGGCAGCCGGCGCCCGGCGGCGGUUACUAUCAGGGCGGGUAUGGAGCUGCUCCAGGAGGCCCAGCGUUCCCUGGACAGGCUCAGGAUCCUCUGUACGGUUAUUUUGCUACAGUAGCUGGACAGGAUGGACAAAUAGAUGCUGAUGAGCUACAGAGAUGUCUCACCCAGUCAGGGAUUGCAGGAGCCUAUAAACCUUUCAACUUGGAGACUUGCAGACUCAUGAUCUCAAUGCUGGAUAGGGAUAUGUCCGGCACACUGGGAUUUAAUGAGUUUAAGGAACUGUGGGCUGUGGUCAAUGGCUGGAAGCAACACUUUGUAAGUUUUGACAGCGAUAGCAGUGGGACGGUGGAUCGCCCAGAACUGGAGAAAGCCUUGACAACUAUGGGAUUUAGAUUGAGCCCGCAGGCAGUGUCUGCCAUCACCAGGCGAUACAGCACUCAUGGAAAGAUUACUUUUGACGAUUACAUCGCCUGCUGUGUGAAACUCAGAGCUCUCACUGAAUGUUUUAGAAGAAGGGACGCAUCUCAGCAGGGUUUUGUGAAUUUCCAAUACGAUGAUUUCAUUCAGUGCGUUAUGAGCAUCUAAAUCAAAAGGGAAAGUGUGGAUCACAAUUAUCAUUCCAGUUCGUGCUUUGCUUUGCCAAAUUAUUCCAUGACUGUGUGCCUCAAUAUUGGAAAUUACGUACCUUUCUGAAGGUAUUGCUUGGCAUACUUUUUCAGUUUUGAUAAUGAAUAUAAACUAAUCAUGCACUGUUAUGUGUAACUUUCAACCUGUGACUAUUAAAGAUUUUUUAUUUUCAUGAACUUCUAAGACACAAUGUGUAACAAAGAUUACGGACAUAUUAUGUUUUUCUGUGUUUAUUUUUUUCCUAUGAUUCACUAAAAAUUGUUUCCUGGUGAAAGUUACCACCCUCUGUCUUCAGCAGUAUCAUGUAGAUGGCAUAAAAUAAUAUUCUUUUGUCUUUGGCAAUGCAAGAUAUGUAAAAACCGAAAGAGGUAGCUAUGGAAGGAUCAUCUCUUGACUGUUAGAUCAUCAGUAAAAUUUAAGGUGCUUGUUUUGGCAGCUGGGCAUUUUUAAGAUGAGAUCAAUGACACCAUCCACUGAGUGUAAGACUGCCUCUUACAGCUCCUCUUAAACAGGAAUAAAACACAGCAGAGAACUCUUCUGACAGUGUGCCUUUGUAUAGGGGGUAUUUGUUUCAGUAAGAUUCUUGCUCUCUUUGUGUCACUGCAUAAAACAUUUUAAAAUAA